UUCUUUUUUUUUUUUUUUUUAAUUUUUUUUUUUGUUUGAUAGUUUAUCAGAAACAAAUCGUAUGAAGUUCUGAAAUUUUAUAUGUAGCCCUAGACAUCUACGGCCAAAAAUUUGGCAUCAUUAUGUUCGGCGCCUUAUAAGUUACAAAAGCCAAUUUCUUUUAAUUUAAUUUAGUUUUAAAGUGGAGUAGAGGUUUGUUAUCAGACAUAAUUAUCGUUUGUAAAUUCUUGAUAUAAAUAGUUUACUAAUUCCUUUAGUUAGAUUGAGUUUGAUCUGAUUGUUCGUUUAUUGUUUUUUUCUUCUUUGCUUGUGUACUUUUUCUUGGUAUAACGUUAUUGAUUUAAUUCUUUUGACAGAUCAAGAAAAUGGAAAAGAUCAGAGCUGCGUUGUCUUCCAAGACAAACGAAGUAGAUGUCGAAGAGAAGAAAGUCAGUGAUUAUGAAUCUGGUGAUCAAAACUUAGAUAUUGUUGUUUCAAAAUCUCAAGAAUUUGAUCCUAUUACUUCUCAUCUUAUUCAAGAUGUUAUCGACGAUGAUUAUGCUGCUAUUACUGUUGAAGAUGAUUCUCCUUAUCCAGAAGUCAGAGCUGCUGUUCCAUCUACUGAUGAUCCAACUUUAUUCCAAUCAACCAUUAGAUCUUGGGUUCUUGGUCUUAUCUUAACUACCAUUGGUUGUGGUAUGAAUUUGUUAUUCUCUUUCCACGCCCCUUCUUUCUCCAUUACUACUUAUGUUACCUCCAUUAUCGCUUGGCCAUUAGGUAGAGCUUGGGCUGCUGUUGUUCCAGAUUGGAAAAUCUUUGGUGUUUCAUUAAAUCCAGGUCCUUUCAACAUCAAAGAACAUACUCUUAUUACCAUUAUGGCAAAUGUUUCCUUUGGUGGUGGUGCUGCUUAUGCCACUGAUAUUUUACUUGCUCAAAAUAAAUUUUAUAACUCUGAUUUCGGUUGGGGUUUUGAUUUAUGUGCUAUUUGGUCUACUCAAUGCAUUGGUUUCGCCUUAGGUGGUAUUGCCAGAAGAGUUGUUGUUUUCCCAGCCGGUGCCAUUUGGCCAUCAAAUUUAGUUACUGCUACUUUCUUAACUAACAUGCAUAUUAAUGAAAAUCACCCAGCUAAUGGAUGGAAAAUUUCUCGUUUAGCAUUUUUCUUAACUAUUUUCACUUGUUCUUUCGUCUGGUAUUGGUUCCCAGGUUAUAUUUUCCAAGCUUUGUCAUACUUCUCAUGGAUUACCUGGAUUAAACCAAACAAUGUUAUCAUUAAUCAAUUAUUCGGUUCUAAUACCGGUUUAGGUUUAUUCCCAAAUAACAUUGCUUUAGAUUGGAAUCAAAUUGCUGGUUAUAUUGGUUCUCCAUUAAUUCCACCUGCUGGAACCAUUGCAACCAUUUUCUUAUCUAUUAUCGUUAUUUUCUGGAUUAUUGUCCCAGCUAUUGCUUACUCAAAUGUCUGGUACGCUCAAUACUUACCAAUUUCUUCUUCAGAUUCUUAUGACAGAUUUGGUGCACAAUAUAACGUUUCUAAGAUUAUUGAUCCAGUUACUUUAACUUUUAAUGAAGCUGCUUACAAGGAAUACUCUCCACUUUUCUUAUCUUCCACUUUUGCUAUUUCAUAUGGUUUAUCAUUCGCUUCUAUAUUAGCUACUAUCAUGCAUACCAUUUUAUUCCACGGUAGAGAUAUCAUUACUCAAAUUAGAAUGAAAGAAAAGCCUGAUGUUCACAUGAGAUUAAUGAAACUGUAUAAGGAAGUCCCAGAUUGGUGGUAUUUUAUUGUUUUCCUUAUUUUCUUUGGACUUUCUAUUGUUACUAUUAGAGUUUGGAAUACUGAAAUGCCAAUUUGGGCUUUAGUUAUUGCUCUUUUAAUUGCUAUUGUUUUCUUACUUCCAGUUGCCAUUAUCUAUUCUUUAACUAAUAUUGCUGUUGGUUUGAAUGUGGUUACCGAAUUUAUCAUUGGUUAUAUGUUACCAGGUAAACCAAUUGCUAUGAUGUUCUUCAAAACUUUUGGUUAUAUUACCAACAAUCAAGCUGUUACUUUUGCUCAAGAUAUGAAAUUAGGUCACUAUAUGAAGAUUGCUCCAAGAAAUGUUUUCUGGGCCCAAUUAAUUGCCACUAUCUGGGGUUCUUUAGUUCAAAUUGCUGUUUUAAGAUGGGGUUAUGGAUCUAUUUCCGACUUAUGUUCUUCUGAUCAAAAAGAUGGUUACACUUGUCCAAAUGGUAGAGUUUUCUUUAAUGCUUCUAUUAUUUGGGGUGUUAUUGGUCCUCAAAGACAAUAUUCCGCUGGUCAAACUUACAAUGGUUUAUUAUAUUUCUUUAUUGUUGGUGCUUUAACUCCAGUCUUUAACUAUCUUGUUUUAUUAAAAUGGCCAAAUUCUCCAAUUAGAUACUUAAAUUGGCCAGUCUUCUUCUCUGGUACCGGUUACAUUCCUCCAGCCACUGCUUAUAAUUAUUCUUCAUACUGUGCCGUUGGUUUAUUCUUUGGAUGGUAUGUUAAGAGAAAGUGGUUCCACUGGUGGACUAAAUAUAACUAUUCCUUAUCCGCUGGUAUGGAUAUUGGUUUAGCUUGGUCUUCAUUAAUUAUUUUCUUAGCUUUAUACUUAACUAAUACUGCUGCUCCAUCAUGGUGGGGUAACAAUGUUAUCCUUGGUACUAUGGAUAUGCAAGCUACUGCUAUCAGAGUUGUAUUACCUGCAGGUGAACCAUUUGGACCAACUAGUUGGUAGAUAUAAACAACGGAAUAAUGAUCUCUUUUUGAAAAAUUUAAUUUUAAAUAUAUCCUAAUACUCCUCGUCCUUUUUCUUUUGUUCUUAUAUCUAAAUAUUUUAAUUAAACAUUUUCACGGUUAUUGUAUAUAAUUUUUAACAUUUUGUAAAUUUGUUAAAUUUCGAUUCUUUAAAUAUAUAAUUGGUUUGUAAAA